AUGCCACUGCUUCACUAUGGAGCUCUCUCCAAUCUCACAAUGGCUCUCUCUCCACUCUCACAAUGCAACUCUCCCCAUUCUUACUUUGGGGUUCUCUCCACUCUCACUAUGGAACUUUCUCCACUCUCACCAUGGAGCUUUCUCCACUCUCACUAUGGAACUUUCUCCACUCUUACUAUGGAACUUUCUCCACUCUCACUAUGGAACUUUCUCCAGUCUUACUAUGGAGUUCUCUCCACUCUCACUAUGGAACUUUCUCCGCUCUUACUAUGGAACUUUCUCCACUCUCACUAUGGAACUUUCUCCAGUCUUACUAUGGAGUUCUCUCCACUCUCACUAUGGAACUUUCUCCAGUCUUUCUAUGGAACUUUCUCCACUCUCACUAUGGAACUUUCUCCACUCUCACUAUGGAACUUUCUCCACUCUCACUAUGGAACUUUCUCCAGUCUUUCUAUGGAGUUCUCUCCACUCUCACAAUGCAACUCUCCCCAUUCUUACUAUGGGGUUCUCUCCACUCUCACUAUGGAACUUUCUCCACUCUCACCAUGGAGCUUUCUCCACUCUCACUAUGGAACUUUCUCCAGUCUUUCUAUGGAGUUCUCUCCACUCUCACUAUGGAGUUCUCUCCACUCUCACUAUGGAACUUUCUCCACUCUCACUAUGGAACUUUCUCCACUCUCACUAUGGAACUUUCUCCAGUCUUUCUAUGGAGUUCUCUCCACUCUCACUAUGGAACUUUCUCCAGUCUUACUAUGGAGUUCUCUCCACUCUCACUAUGGAACUUUCUCCACUCUUACUAUGGAACUUUCUCCACUCUCACUAUGGAACUUUCUCCAGUCUUACUAUGGAGUUCUCUCCACUCUCGCUAUGGAACUUUCUCCAGUCUUUCUAUGGAACUUUCUCCACUCUUACUAUGGAACUUUCUCCAGUCUUUCUAUGGAACUUUCUCCACUCUCACUAUGGAACUUUCUCCAGUCUUUCUAUGGAGUUCUCUCCACUCUCACUAUGGAGUUCUCUCCACUUUCACUAUCGAACUUUCUCCACUCUCACUAUGGAACUUUCUCCACUCUCACUAUGGAACUUUCUCCACUCUCACUAUGGAACUUUCUCCACUCUCACUAUGGAACUUUCUCCAGUCUUACUAUGGAGUUCUCUCCACUCUCACUAUGGAACUUUCUCCACUCUCACUAUGGAGCUCUCUCCAUUUGUCCAAAAAAAGAAAUUGUCCAGGUAUUUUUCUGA